AAACCAAAGACUCCCUCAUGACUCUUUCUUCUUCUUCAUCACAGCAAAACCAAAUACACAAAUCUAUUUUCUAAAUCCUUAAUUUUUUAUAAAAUCUCUUCUUCUUUGUUUUUUUUUAAUGGCGACGGGGAAAAGUUACUACGCUAGACCAAGCUAUCGAUUUCUCGGAACAGAUCAGCCGUCUUCCUACUUCACCACCACCACAACCACCAACGAUUCCGGUCUCGAAUUCGACGAAUCAGAUCUCUACACCCCAAUCCACACCGAUUCACCGGAUUUUCGCCGCAAAAUCUCUGCUACACCGUCCAGAUCCGCUAAAAAACCAACGAAUCGUUCCUCCGCCGUGACAGCCGCGUCGUCGCUUCCGGUUAACGUGCCGGACUGGUCUAAGAUUCUCCGUGGAGAGUACCGAGAUAACCGUCGGAGAAGCAUCGAGGAUGACGACGACGAUGAAGACGACGACGAUUGCGAAGACGGUGGAGGUUGGUUGCCGCCUCAUGAGUUUCUGGCGAAGACGAGGAUGGCUUCGUUCUCGGUUCAUGAAGGAGUUGGUAGGACAUUGAAAGGAAGAGAUCUGAGUAGGGUGAGAAAUGCUAUUUUUGAAAAAAUUGGUUUCCAAGAUUAAUAAUAUCUCGAAACUUUUGGACUUUUCCUGUAAUUUUUGGUUUCUUUCUUUUUGGCUUACUUCAAUCAUUUUCUCUUUAUGUAACUGUCAGAGAAGAGAGAGAGAGAGAGAGAGAGCGCAUGUAAUAUUUCUAGAAAUGCCCUCAAUUUAUCGUUGAUUUCCAAAUAUCUUACCCCUUGUAAUUUUUUUUGUGAGAUUUUAAUCACAUUUUGCGUAUGAGUAAUGGAUAUGUUAUGUUUUGGAAUA